AGGAGGCGGGAGCGCGGGCGCGUCACCGAGCGCAUCCUUAAGGAGCGCGCAGGCACAGAAGAAAACAUCCUACAGCUCGGCCACCCAUUCAGCUGGAGGAUCGGCCUGGAGAAAUUCAUGGAAAUAAAAUAGAAAUUCAUUCCCUUUGCUUUUUAUUUUUUGUUUUCUGAUCACAGCCAAGCAAUCGGACUUCAAAAUGGCUGAGAUGACCAAUUUAAAACCAACCUAUGAUGUGUCCCCAGUGCUUGCGGGUUUUCUGGGCGCGGGGGUCUUGGUCGUCUCCGUGACGGUAGCCGUUUUCCUUUGGACGUGCUGUCAGCGGCGAUAUCGUCAAAUGACAGGUGCGUACAAGCUGACCAGUGGCCCCUAUGACCCACCCGUGGACCCCCCCUAUAAGUUCAUCCACAUGCUCAAAGGCAUCAGCAUCUACCCCGAGAGCCUCAGCAACAGCAAGAAGAUCGUACGGGUGGGCCGGCGCUCAGGAUCAGGCUCCUUGUUGAGAGAAUGGGGUCGUGGGUCCCGAAACGGCGAUGUGCUACUAGUGGAUGCGGAUCCUGAAGGUGGCACCUCGCAUCUACAGAUGAACCACCUGGUACCGCCUAUGGGACCUCCCAGACUGGAGAGGGCGCUGCCUAUCCGGGCCGACUACUGCUGUAUGGAGAGCAGCUCAGGAAGCAGCAGCGAAGCACCCAGUAAGACGGCGUCGCCCCACAGUCUUGACUCCCCCGCUUUGGGCACACUCAGUUUGGCCAUCGACUACAACUUCCCCAAGAAGGCCCUCGUCGUGACAAUCGUGGGAGCGCAGGGGCUCCCAGCGGUGGACGAACAGGCGGGCAGCUCCGACCCGUAUGUGAAGAUGACCAUCCUGCCCGAGAAGAAGCACCGGGUGAAGACGCGCGUCCUGAGGAAGACACUGGAGCCCGUGUUCGACGAGACGUUCACCUUCUACGGCAUCCCGUACAGCUCGUUGCCCGAGCUUACGCUGCACUUCCUGGUGCUCAGCUUUGAUCGCUUUGCACGGGAUGAUGUCAUCGGGGAGGCGGUGGUGCCAUUGGAGGGUGUGGAUCCCAGCACGGGACGGGCGCACAUCACUCAGCAAAUUAGCAAGAGGAACACACAGUGUGAAAGUCGUGGGGAGUUGCUGGUCUCGCUAUCCUACCAGCCUGUUACUCACAGGCUUAAUGUGGUAGUCCUUAAGGCCAAACACCUGCCAACCAUGGACAUCACUGGCCUAUCAGGCAACCCUUAUGUUAAAGUGAACGUCUUCUACGGCCGCAAGCGCAUAGCCAAGAAGAAGACGCAUGUCAAGAAAUGCACACUCAAUCCCGUUUUCAAUGAAUCAUUUAUCUACGAUGUUCCCGCUGAGCUAAUGCCGGACAUCUCUGUGGAGUUUCUGGUCAUCGAUUUUGACCGCACCACAAAGAAUGAGGUCGUAGGUCGCCUGGUUCUGGGUGGUCAAAGCCCCAUUCCAUCAGGGGUGACUCACUGGAGAGAAGUUUGUGACAACCCAAGGCGGCAGAUUGCCAAGUGGCAUAACCUUAUAGAGUACUAGUGUCUGGCUAACACAUGGGGAAAGCAAAAUGUAUUAUACCACUUCCUUCCUGUCAGCCCCUCUAUAGAAAGAAGCCCAUUUAACAGUCUCUCCUUUUAUCCCUAUACAGAUAGGUGGAUGAGUGGACGAGUAUGUGUGUCAGGACAUAGGAGCAGGAUCAGUCUAACGGAAAAGACACUUAGAAAUGAACUCAUAGCAAAAAAGACUCAUACGUCAUAGCAGAAAAAAAGGGAGAGGAACAAAAAAAGAGAAAAUAACCAUGUUAGUGUGGUUUUUGGUUAGAUAUCGCUAAAGUCAAUUAUAUGGGAAUUAUACCACAGUAUCGUCAGAGCCUUUCACCAGUAUACCGGCAUAUUCACAAUAAACGUACAAUAUUUUAAAUUAGCCGCAUGCUAAAGCUAGUGAGACACUUUUAUUUUUAGGAUGAAGGAAGGUUGUAAGAAAAAAUGAGUUUUAAGUCCACUUUUUAAGAAAAUAAUGGGGUGAAUGUUUUGAUAGUAUAGGAUAAAAAUGGGUGAAAGGUGAUACAAAUGACACCAUCAUGAGCAUUUUUGCUAACAUGCUAAUAUUUACCACAGAAGACAAGGUUGAAAUAUGGCUAUUAUUCAUAUCCAGCUAGAAAGUAAUGCUUAAUAUUUUAAUGAUGCUAAAAAUGAUCUGGAAAACUAUUAAGUCAGUGAAACAAAACGUGGUGUUAAGGCCGGGUUUACAGCCAGCCACCAAAUGAAAUUUAGAGACCGACAGCUCAGGAUUAAAAAAUGAAUUUGAUUUAUAAAAACACUCUGAUGUUCACUAUAAUAAAGCCAGUCUACACUUUCCCCAUUUUUGCACUGUAGCUGCUUUAUUUAUUUGUAGCUAUACGUUAUUGUUCAUUUCUCCGUCUUGAUGACUUGGACAAAGCACUUCUGUGACAUAUUUGUUGUCGGCAUAUCUCAACAUAUCACUGUUCAUUAGUUUAAAUGUCUUUUUUUUCUUAAGGCAUAUCUAUGCACAUUUCCACUGUACUGUUUUGACCCAGCUGCUGUGCUAUAUACCAUAGCACAGAGAUCAGGAAAGGUUUGGUCAAAGACAUUGGAGGGAAACACAGAUGAAAAAACAGUCAAAGCCAAAUGUGACAGAUAUCAGCAUAUUUACGUAAUAUCAAAUUUGUACAUUUUACAUGUACUGUAUCUAACAUCAGUUUCUAUCACCAUCAAACGUGUUUUUUAAGGCCGCACUUAAUUCUUAAGGCCAUAGAACUACUUCUUAACAUCUAUGAUCAAAAUGUACAUAAUGUACAUAGGGCAUAACACUGGUAAUCUUCACUUCCUUUUUUCAUAGUACAGUUGAAUAUCGCCAAAUACACAUUCAAACUUUUGACAUACAAAUGGUGUCAUGGAAAUAACAGAAACUAAAUUUAGCCACCCCAGCUUAGUUAAUUCAGUAAGUUUGGCUUUGUUCUCUAUGACCUAUAGCUGAGAUAUAUGCAGAUUCAGACCAAUUUUUGCACUUUCGUAGAGUACUGUAUUUAUUUUUAUGAUUUGUGUUCAAAGAAAAGAAUAUAUGUAUAUGUAUAUCAAAAACCUAAUAACUAUGGUAGGACUAAUAACUGACCAUAUCAAAGUUAGGAUUUUGGCACGAGCCAGUAACCAUUAGUCAGCGGCAGCUGUCGUAAACUAACCAAAGUAGACGGACCAAUGUUUUGUUAUGUGGAUAUCUCACCCCCUGAGUGAAUUUAGUAUUGGUGACUACAAUGAAGCAGCUCUCACUGCUGAUGAUGUUUUGACAGCAUGCAAUGUGCGUGUGGAUGUGUUCCCAAUGAUGUCAUUUGGUGCCCACAGCCCCCGAGGCAGAUUUACAUGCUCUAGUCUAUUCCCAGUGCGAAUGAGCACGUAUUAAGUUAAUAAAGCAGAAAGUGGGAGGGUGAGAGGAGGAAAAAGAUAUCAACAGGCUCAUUAGAGAUAUUUCAUAUUUAACAUGUGAAAUUAAUAUAGCAGUAAAUUAAGCCCCAGCGUUCGCUCCGUGAUAUCUGCAGUCAAGCUCAUUGUGAGUCAUUAAGGCCACAUAAUGAGAUUAACCCUUGUUUAUUAUGAAAAAACGAAUCACAUUCCAAUCACGUUUUAAAGAAAAUUAAGAAACCAUGUGCCCAUCGUCUUGCUGUUUCACCGAAAAGUGAACUCUUCCACCCUCUAUGAUGUUUUUAACCCUGCAUGCAUUGAAUAUUCAAAUUUCUGCUUCAAAACUGGUGUAUAUAUUACAGUUUCUAGUGGUUUAUAUGACAGCAAAACCCACUUUUGUAAAAACAGCAACCCAGACUACACAACGCAACCUAAGUGAAAUGAUACAUGCGUGUCUUUGUUUAUUUAAACCCUCAGCUCCUUGUGUUACUUGGAACUUUUUGGAUCUUUUGGGCAUAAAAGCUUGUUUUAUAUCAAUAACUAUAGACAUAAAGAUGAAUAUAACCAACUGUAAAUGAGUGUUUGUUCCAAUGCACUGGUGGGCAGUAGCACUUUCUGCUCUUCUUGUAUCUAACUGUUUUACCUAAGAAUGGAAAUGGUUUCUUUUUUGUGUAAACCUCCUGUUUUGGAGUGCUAUCUGCCCCUCUUUUUCUCUCUGCCACUGGUCCCUAACAAUCCCUCAGUUUUUUGCUGUUGUGUGUUGUACAGAAACAUUGAAAGCUGAACAAAGACGAAAACGAGCUGAGAAGAAAAUUACUGUAAUAAAUAUAUUAGUCCAUUCGGAUACCGCAAUGUUGAUAUGGUUAAGGUGGAGUGAAGUUAGUGAUUCGGCUUUAUUUUAGGUGUCCCUAAAACCACUGUACCUAAACAGUGUUAGUUCGCCACAACUGUAGUGUGAUUCAUGUUGUUCCCUGGCCUUUUCAAUAUUUGUAAGUGCAAGCAAGUCGUCUAUGUAUAAUGUAAGUACGGUGUAAUAACUUGUACUUUACAAACCUGGCUUAAUACUGCUCAUUUCGCUACAUGAUCUUCAGGGACAUCUAACAUAAAGUGUGAACUGUUAUGCUUUUGAGGGCAAGUUAUCUGCAUACUGCUGUGAGUUUAUGCUAAAUACAGUAUGUUACACUAAUGCUGACUUGUACUGUAUGUUGAAGUUGUUAACACAAUGGACGUGCAAAUAAAAUAAAAACUGAUACACUAGA